AUGACUCCCACUGUCUUCCUAGUCAUCCUGUGCUUGGGAGUGGCCUCGGCUACUGAAUCCCCUGAUCCUACUCUGGAUGCUGAAGAGCAAGAGCCGAAGAUAAAAAAUGAAAAGCUGGAUGAAGAAGGAUUCAGAAGAGGGAUGUGGGAAGAGUUUAUGAAGAAGGUUGAACUCUAUAAUAAGGAAAAUGGCCAGGAGGACAAGGAUGACUUCAACAUAGAAAUGAAUGUCUUUGAUCACUUGACUGAUGAUGAAUUCGUGAAAAUCAUUGAUAAAGUUUUAUACCCAAUGCUUGGAGAGAAGGAAAAAACUCAAACACAGCCAGUUGGUGAUGUCCCUAAAUUUGAGGAUUUGGCGGGGAGCAGUGCUGUGACUCCUGUACAGGAUCAGGUUUUUGUGACCUCAUUAGUGCUGUCCUACUGCUUGAGAAUGGCCUCAGCUGCUCCACCACGUGAUCCCAGUUUGGAUGCUGAAUGGGAGGAAUGGAAGAUGAACUUUAAAAAAUCCUACAGCCCGGUUGUGUGGACAGAAGAAGAACUGGAUUAUGAUAUAGAGGAAUAUAAGGAUUUGACAAAGGACAACAAUUUAACACCUAAGAAGGAUCAGGUGUACACUGUCACAUUUCUACCCUCAACUGCCCACUAG